ACUGUGCAUACGAGAACGAGCUGUGUUUUGGUGCUGCACGUGAAUUUCAAUUAAACGAUCAGCUGCCUCCACGAGAUACAGGCAGCUGAAUGGUUUUGCGUUUUAGUUUAUAAUCUGUUGCACAACACAGCCACAAAUCUGGGCAAGUUUACCAACAGGAAGAAAUCAUUGCUGUCACAUCGACACCGACGACGGCUGGUGGGUAACCGAGGCGGAGGGUGGUUCCGGUUCUGACCAAUCAUGGCGCUUCUAGGUGAAACCCCGCCUCUCGCGCUCGUUUAGAUUAAUUUAUCGAACGCACUUCCGGACUCUGACCAGACAAAAGGGGGCGCUUAAGGUCGUUUGUGUCACUUCAAAUAAUAAACAAACAUCCAUUGUAGACGUUGGACAUUUGCGCUUAAGUAAUAACUUCCUGUGUUUUUCCGACAUGCAAGCUCCGUCCCACCGCAGCAUAUUUCAACAGAAUUAGCAGCAUUGCUGCUUUCACCUCCGGCAGUUCCAGCGCCACCUUAACAAACCGAUGUCAGCUUUCAUGCAGUUUUUUUGCAUUGACGUCAACCGCAUAUAGCACGAAACAGAGGCUUUCUUCAUAUUUCGUAUGCUUGAGUCAGAAUAUGGACAGAUAGCCAGACACUGGUAACAAUUUUAAACCAAUCCGACUGCGACAGCUGCUGGUCUAUCUCCCAUCACUUUGAGGAAGAUACUGCGUCCAAGGAUAACCGCAACACAACCACCGGCUUCCUGUCACAGCUGUCAGGAUGGGCACUAUAACAGAAACAAUGGUUACAAUGAUUGCUCAGGACACCUGUCAUAAUCCCAGCAGAUCAACUAAACUCUCGCAGUUGCGGUCCAGGCAAGAGCCAGCGACCGCCACAUCAGGCACGAUGAUGGAGGGGGGCAUGCAGCUGCUCAACCGCGAUGGCCACAGCAUCUCGCACAACUCGAAGCGUCACUACCACGACUCCUUCGUGUCCAUGAACCGGAUGCGACAGCGCGGCCUGCUGUGUGACAUUGUGCUCCAUGUCUCCAACAAAGAAAUCAAGGCACACAAAGUGGUGCUGGCAUCCUGCAGCCCCUACUUCCACGCUAUGUUUACCAAUGAGAUGUCGGAGAGUCGGCAGACCCAUGUGACCCUCCAUGACAUCGACUGUCAGGCUUUGGAGCAGCUGGUCCAGUACAGCUACACAGCAGAGAUUGUGGUCGGGGAAGGCAACGUGCAGACGUUGCUCCCAGCAGCCAGCCUGCUGCAGCUCAACGGGGUGCGGGACGCCUGCUGCAAGUUCCUCCUCAGCCAGCUGGACCCCUCUAACUGCCUGGGUAUCCGAGGCUUCGCUGACACGCACUCCUGCAGCGACCUGCUCAAGUCGGCACACAAGUACGUCCUGCAGCACUUUGUGGAGGUUUCCAAGACAGAGGAGUUCAUGCUGCUGCCGCUGAAACAGGUCCUGGAUUUGAUCUCCAGUGACAAUCUCAACGUGCCAUCUGAAGAGGAAGUUUACCGGGCUGUGUUGAGCUGGGUGAAACAUGAUAUAGAUGGACGCAGGCAACAUGUACCUUGGCUGAUGAAGUGUGUGCGGCUGCCCCUGCUGAGGCGAGACUUUCUGAUGAGCAACGUGGACACAGAGCUGCUGGUGCGACACCACUCGGAGUGCAAGGACCUCCUGAUCGAGGCUCUCAAGUACCACCUAAUGCCUGAGCAGAGGGGAGUCCUCAGCAACAGCCGGACGCGCCCACGACGCUGUGAGGGCGCCAGCCCUGUGCUCUUCGCCGUUGGUCAGUGUGCCCCUGAAGGGGGUGGCAGCCUGUUUGCCAUUCAUGGAGACUGCGAGGCGUAUGACACCAGGACAGACCGCUGGCACAUGGUGGCGUCCAUGUCCACUCGGCGGGCACGGGUGGGCGUGGCAGCCAUUGGGAACAGACUUUAUGCUGUUGGAGGGUAUGAUGGCACCUCAGACCUCGCAACAGUGGAGUCCUACGACCCCAUCACUAACUCCUGGCAACCUGAGGUUUCCAUGGGCACACGACGGAGCUGUUUGGGUGUAGCGGUCCUGCAUGGCCUGCUGUACGCUGCUGGCGGUUAUGAUGGAGCUUCCUGCCUCAAUAGUGCAGAGCGUUACGACCCUCUGACCAGUACAUGGACCUCCAUUGCUGCCAUGAGCACCCGUAGGAGAUAUGUCCGAGUAGCAACGCUGGAUAGCAGCUUGUAUGCAGUGGGAGGUUAUGACAGCUCCUCACAUCUCGCAACAGUGGAGAAGUAUGACCCCCAGAGCAACACAUGGACAGCCAUUGCCAACAUGCUGAGUCGGCGCAGUAGUGCCGGGGUGGCCGUGCUGGACGGCAUGCUGUAUGUCGCAGGAGGCAACGACGGCACCAGCUGCCUGAACUCUGUGGAGCGGUUCAACCCCAAGGCCAACACCUGGGAGGGAGUGGCCCCCAUGAACAUACGCAGGAGCACCCAUGACCUGGUGGCUAUGGAUGGCUGGUUAUACGCAGUGGGAGGUAACGAUGGCAGCUCCAGUCUCAACUCCAUCGAGAAGUACAACCCGCGCAGCAACAAAUGGGUCGCGGCCUCCUGCAUGUUCACCCGGCGCAGCAGUGUGGGCGUGGCUGUGUUGGAGCUGCUGAACUUCCCACCACCUUCCUCACCCACACUCUCGGUUUCCUCCACCAGCCUUUGACACGGGGUCACCGCUUGGCUGACCUCAGCCUCUGCUGCUACAGCCCAGACUGGCUCUGGGAAGAGACGCAACUGCUCGGUUUGAGACGUGGAGGAGGACGACGGGAGUGGACAGGUAAAUGGACGGAGGGUGGAGAAGAGAAAGAGGGAAGGUGUAGAUAAGGCAGUACCCUCCAGAAUUAGUGGCAAUCUUCGUAAAGGUUGGCCAAUAAUGGUUUAAAAAAUGUACGACAUAAAUCAGUAACUUUAAUUAAAAAAUUAAAAAGGUUAUUUAUGUGCAGUACCCUGUAAUCUCAAAAAACAUGUUCCACACGUAACUAUUACUUUUUCAUGAAGAGUUAAGAGACGCCAGAUGAUUCCUUGAAAGAUCCACCAAUAUUUAUUUUAUUUUAUAUUAAAGCCAAUAUGGCUGCCAUGUUUUCCAUUAUUUCUGGACUGCACUGUAUCUGGUCUGGAUGCCUCACACUCCACCGUUCAGCUCCACCGUACAGAUACCAGCUCCCACUCUCUUCAGUACAAGAUGUUCCCGGAUGUGUUAACAUUGACCGAUCUUUCCUCGAGCUCCACUUUUUCCCCACCACUCCAGUGUUUGACACACUCCUCGUGAAACGUGGUGGACACUUAAUUCUGUCAUGAUGUGAUGUGAAUGUUUUUUUGUUUUGAUGUUGUCGUCCUCUGCAAUAUUUUUUCUUUUGAAGUCUGGAGUUUUUGCAAUAAUGUACAAAAAAGAGAAACUGAAUGAUUUUACUUUUGGAAUGUAGCUUUUGACUGGGUAUACCAUGCAUGUUUACGUAUUGGCAUCAACUCCCAACAGGAGGAUAAAAUGUUGUAGUGCUGCUCUUAUGCCACACUAGGUGGCAGUAACAGGCAAUGUUGUAAACCUUUCCCACACUGCAAGGCAGCAUGGACACAAACAAAAGAGAAGUUAGGCCCUCAGAACUACGAGUUUAAUUCCUUUUUUUUUUUUUUUAUAAACAGAGAUUAAUUAUGUUGAACUAUAUGUAUUUAUAAAAAUGUGUACAUUCUAAUAUAUUCUAUAAAUUCUGUUUUAAAGAUGCUUAGAAAAGGAAACAGAUCAGACCUAUGCCUAUUUAAGAGUGUUUUUAAUAUAUUUAUUGAGGUGUGUUAUGUGCAUAUCAUCAAUGGAAAUGACAAAGAGAAUGUCUAAGUGUGAGAGUUGCUGGAGUUUCUCCUGGUUAAGAGGACUGAUUGUUGCAUUUUGAUAUGCAGCAUUUCAUUUACAUUUCUUCAUGUUUCUUCACUGCCACAAGCAUGAUCUCACAUGGAACUGAACCUUAUGUCCGCUACAUUUGUACAAAAGGCUUUAGUUGCUUGCAAGACCUAUCGACCAGUCAAUGAAAGGACUCUAUAUAGUCUUUAUUCCUACUUAUUUAAGUAUUUUUAAGUGGACAUGAAGUUGGAUAUAAUCCUUGGACACAUGACAUUUAAAAAUUAAAGCAGCAAAUACUCUACCUACUACAUACUAACACUUGAUACUAAUGAGUAAUGCUGUUGACACUUGGUGCUGUCUUAUUUCAUUCCAUACAUAAUCAAGUGUGGUGUCUCGUUAUAUUACCUCAUUGUUGAAAUGGAUCCAACUCUUAUUUAGAAACAAUUAACUACAAAUAUACUGGCUAUAGAACAUGUGGUGGGGGACUUGGGAAUGUCGCCACUGAACUUGCGUUUUCUAAAAUAAAUGGAUUACUUUGAGUCUUCUCGACUCAGUUGAUACUCAGUUCAGUUCAUGUGUAGCGCAGUGAUUCUAUUCCAAACUUCUGAGAAGUUGCUUUUCUUUUUGAAGGAUUUUGUUGAUCCGGUUCCGUUUAUCGAUAAGUACCUUACUUUUCAUUUGUUAGAGCGGACCCAGUAGAAUAGAGGCUGCGAUGGUCUUAUGGACAUGCUGUUGUUCUGUAAAGCCGCUGCGAGACGGGGCCAGACUUUAAGGAGAAAGGCACACAAAACCACAUAAGACUUUGGCCUCCUUUCUGCUGAUUUGAACUGUAAAUAAAGAAAUUGCUCAUCUUAAAUCCAUUUGUGCAAUUUCAAUGUGACUGUAGCUUUUUUUAAAGUUUGUGUUCAAUGUGGUGAUAAUUGUUUAUUUAUGGUAUGUUUGUUAUUUAUGAGGAACUUUAAAAUAUUGAAUUUUGCACAAUUGCGAAAUGCAAUACAAUGUAAAAAAAAUAAAAAAAUAAAUAAAGACGUUUUCAAAUGUGAUAA